AUGAUACGAUUUGUUUUGGCUGCUCUACUUGUCGCAACCGUCUAUGGUUGUGGCACCCCUUCCUACCAACCUAUACUGUCGAGGGUGGUUGGGGGUGUAAAUGCAAGACCUCACAGCUGGCCAUGGCAGAUUUCUCUCCAAGUUUCUAGGGGAGAUAGCUGGUUCCACACUUGUGGAGGAACUUUAAUUGAUCCACAAUGGGUUAUGACAGCUGCACACUGCAUUAGCAAGAAGAAUACCUACAGAGUGGCUCUUGGCAAACAGGUCCUUUCAGCCAAUGAGCCAGGGUCUGUUUUUGCUGCCGUUGAGAAGACCAUCCGCCAUGAAAAGUUCAGCAUGAUCUUCGCAGCCAAUGGAUACGAUAUUGCUCUCGUCAAACUUGCAGCACCAGUUGUUUUAGAUGACAAAAUUGAGUUGGGAUGUAUCCCUGCUCCAGGAAGUCUUCUAUCCAAUAACUAUAGCUGCUAUAUCACUGGCUGGGGCCUCUUAAAGGCUGGCGGUUCUGUCUCUGACAUCCUGCAACAAGCCCUUCUUCCUGUCGUGGAUCACGCCACUUGCUCUCUGCCUGACUGGUGGGGGUGGAUAGCAAAGGAGUCAAUGGUGUGUGCCGGUGGAGAUGGAGUGGUCUCAGGAUGCAAUGGAGACUCUGGUGGGCCCUUGAACUGCCAGAAUGCUAAUGGAAUCUGGGAAGUGCACGGCAUCGUCAGCUUUGGGUCUGCCCUCUGCAGCCACCAGAAGAAGCCAACUGUCUUUACCCGUGUGUCUGCCUACAAUGACUGGCUUACUGAGAAAAUGAUGAACAACUAAAGGGAACCACAUUGAAGCUUUGGAAGAUUGUAAAUGGAUGCAAUUCAUAAAAUAAAUAUAUUCUAAAACAAGACUUUGCCUCGAGGCCUUUAAUUAUGACAUUCUUUAUGGAGUUACAGAGUUGUACAGCAUGGAAACAGACCCUUCGGUCCGACCAGUCCACAAAAAUUAUAAUCCCAAACUGAACGAGUACUACUGGCUGUGCUUGGCCCAUAUCCCUUCAAGCGUUAUAUUUAUCCAAAUGUCUUUUAACUUUAUAGUCAGUAACUUGAUUGAAUGCUUUGACAUACACAGAGCUUAUCAGCCACAUGGAUGAGAAACUUCAUUAAUCUGUAUAGAUCAUAUUAUCAAGCAUCACAAAUUAGGCACUUCUCCAUGAGGAAAAUAGAUAUGAAGUGCUAGACAGAAGCAGGCCAUUCAGUUCCUGCAUCUAUGCUAUCAUUCAAUUAGAUCACAGCCAAUCUGUACUUUAACUCAG